AUGCCAGCUGAGAAAAUAAAAGAGUUGGUUGACUCUCAUCUUCAUAGAUUCAAGCUUAACAUGGAGCAAAAUAUUGUGUGCUGCACUACUGAUGGAGCAUCAGUGAUGGUGAAGUUCGGCAGACUGGUGCUUCCUGAACUACAGCUGUGCUAUGCGCAUGCUGUUCACCUGGCUGUCACAGAUGUGCUCUACCGGCGUGUUCACCGAGAAGAGCUGGCUGAUGUCCCUGAGAGAGUGAUGGAGACUGAAAGCGAGGAAGAGGAGGACAGUGGCCCCGAGUCUGAUGAAGAUUCUGCCGAGUGUGUGGAUGGUGCCUAUCGGUUUGUGUGGCCCGGCCUCAGAAAGGACGUUAAGACUUGGGCCUCCACAUGCGUGGCCUGCCAGAGGGCCAAGGUGCAGCGUCACGUUACAGCUCCCUUGGGUCCUUUUUCAAUUCCCGAGAGACGUUUUGAACAUGUCCAUGUGGACCUGGUUGGACCUCUUCCCCCUUCCCGGGGGUUCACUCACCUCUUGACCAUGGUGGACAGGGCCACGCGGUGGCCUGAGGUGGUGCCUCUGUCGUCUGCUACUCCAGCGGACGUGGCUCGGGCAUUUAUUUAUUCCUGGGUGUCACGGUUUGGUGUUCCUCUGGACCUGAAGUCUGAUAUGGGCCCUCAGUUCACCUCGGAGCUGUGGACUUCAGUUGCUGGGAGCUUGGGGGUUAAACUUCACCAGCCCACGGCAUGUCAUCGGCAGACUAACGGGUUGUGCGAGAGGUUUCACCGGACUAUGAAAGGUGCCCUCCGGGCGUCUCUUGUGGACAAUAGCUGGGUGGACUGGUUGCCGUGGGUUUUGUUGGGUUUGCGCUUUGCCCCCAAGGAGGAUCUGCGCUCCUCCUCUGCUGAGUUGGUUCUGGCACAGACGCUGAGGGUCCCGGGAGAGUUCCUCCAUACCGCCCCUGGCCUAGUUCCGCCUUUUCCUGCCUUUUUCUCCAGCGGGAGCUUUCAGACGGGUUGUGGCGCACCACUGUAUCCCUCACUCAGUCCUAUGUCCCUAGGGACCUUAUAUGGGCCCGGCAGCAGCAGCAGUGGCGGCAGUGGCAGGAGUCUGAGGCCCCGGGAGAGACUCGGCGAAGGCCCCGGGAGAGACUCUGCGGAGGCCCUGGGAGAGACGCGGCGGAGGCCCCGGGAGUCACGGUGGAGGCAAACCCCUCCCCAGAGAUUGAAAGGCGCAGGUGUUCUCUGUUAG